AUGCAGCAGCGCGGGGACGAGCCCGUCGUCGCCCUCGAGCUCGACGCGGGCCUGGGUUGCCUGGCGGUGGUGAUGGCUUCCUCCAUCGAGAUCUGGUCGACGGGGCAGCACCGAAGGCUCAUCGGGCGGCACACGCGCGACCCGGAGGCGGUCGCCGAGGACGGCGCGUAUCUGGCGGCCAGAUGGCGCGGGGACGGGUUCGCACGGCUCGCGGUGGUCGCCGCGGGAGGUCGCGCGCGGCUCUUCGACGUCGUCUGGCCGAACGCAUCGACCCCGCGAGACGCCGACGCGGACCCCGCCGCGUUGCCCGAUCGAUGCGAGCUCAUCCUCCGCGCGACGCUCACCGUGGGCCCGGGCUCGAUCGUCGGCAUGAUCCCCACCGCGGCGGACGACCUCCUCGACGGCGGCCACCGGCGGAUGGGCUCGCUCCCGCCGAUGCUCUCCCCGGUGAACGAGGAAUCCGCCGCGCCGCUCAACGACGGCGUGUGCCUGUCCGUCGCCGGCGACGGCGACGUGCUGCUCCUGGGCACCUCCACCGGCCACAUCGUGCAGUGCUCGUGGGACGCGAGGUCGAGCGCGGCCGCGGGCGGCGGCGGAUCGAGCCACGACGUCGUGAGUCGCGGAGAUCCCUGCGCCGACGGCGGCGACCAUCGGCACGGCGCGGUGAUCCGCCUGGACUACUCCACCGAGAUGCGAGUCGCCGCGGCGGUGAUGUCAUCGGGAGCGUGCGCGCUUCUCAGGAUAGACGACGCCGGGAUCCCACCCGGGACGGGGACGGACGACGACGACGACGACGACGACGGUUUUGGUUUCACGGCUGUCGUCGCGGAGCGGCUUCGUUUGGAGCGUUGGCUCGGCGAAGGCGACGCGACGUGUGCAUCGUUUUCGCCGCCGUCGCAGAGGACCGUCGCGGUGGGCGCCUCGAUUGGGACGGUGCGACUGUAUCGCGUGGACGCAGAGGCGGAUUACGACGUCCACGUGGCGACCCCGUGGAGGGUGUUGAGCCCGGCGGACUGGGGGUACGCGCCGGGGGACACGGGGGGAUGCGCCGACGUACGCUGGACGACGGACGGCGGCGGCGUGGCGGCGGGGUGGUGGCGGAGGGGUGUCGCGGUGUGGUCCGCGAACGGGUGCAGGCUCAUGUGCACGCUGCCGCAGGGUGGGGGCACCGCGGGGUCGCACGCGGACACGGCGACCCGGGACCCCUGGGACGGGGUGGACGACGCGGCGGGGGGUCGAGACGGCGCGUCGACGGCGUCAGUCGCCGGCGCUGGUUUGAGCCCGAGACAUUUCGCGGGGGGCAGGCCGACGAACGCGCGCGACCGCGAGGGGGGCGACGGCGGGACCGCGCGCCUGGCGUGGAGCGGCGACGGGUACCGACUCUUCGCGGCGUCCGCGUCGGGCGGCGGCGGGGUGGGAGGAGGCGGGGUGGGAGGAGGUGACGGCGAGGCGAGGCGCGCGAAGAAGGGUCGGCUGCGCGAGUUUUUAUUCGCGGCGGCGUGCCCCGGGCAUCACCUCGACGCGUCCACGCGGCGCGGCGCCCGCGCGCACCUGCUCAGGGCGGCGGACAGGGUCAUAGUCGUCACCGGCGGGGACGAGGACGAACGCGCCGCGCGGCACGUGAUGCUCCCGGACGCGUACGCGGCUCCGAACUGGCCCCUCAGGCUCGUCGCGGAGAGCGCCGACGGCCGAGACCUCGCGGCGGCGGGAUCGCGCGGCUUGGUCCUGCACGACUUCAAGACGGGCAAGUGGAGGUUCUUCGGGGACGUGAGCCACGAGAGGGAGUUCGUCGCGACGGCGUUGGCGUGGCUGGAGGGUGGGGUGAUCGCGGUGUGCGCGAGGUUGCGGGGGACCGGCGGCGGCGGCGGCGGGUCCUGGUUCGACUGGGGCGGCUCGUCAAAGGACACCGAGGCGGAGCGGCACGUCCUCCGCAUGUACCCCAGGAACCACCUCAGCGUGACAUCUGUGCUGUUGGAGCACGAACUCGCGACGGAGCCCGUCGCGAUGAGCGCGUUGGGCAGGUUCCUCCUCGUGGCUACUCCGACGGACUCGGGGAACCUCGACGUCGUCGUCUUCGAGGUUGCCCUCAUCGGCAAUAUGACCGGCCCGCGCGGCGGCGACAUGGCGCGGGUUCGACCCGUGCGACGCGUCACCCUGCGCGAUGCGAACGUCACCGGCAGGGUCAAGGAGCUCGCCCUCCUGCCGGCGAUGCCUCCCCGGCCGGAUUCGACGAGCCCGGCGGCGAUGCGGGCGCAGGCGUCGGCGCUGGCGAACAGGGGCUCGCCUCGAUCCGGCGCACUCGGCCUCGGGCUCCCGCCAACGCCAUCGCCCCCGCCCGUCCCGGCGCACUUCAUGAUGCUCCGCGUCGGCGGCACCCUCUCGCUGAUCGACCUCGGCUCGGACGAGAGCGAGGGGUGUACGUCGGAGCGGGUUCUGGCGGAUGGCGUGGAGCGGUUCUGGAUAGCGAGCGGCGGCGCCCUCGCGCCAAACUGCGACGCGGACGUGAGGUGGUCCUGGUGGACGUACGGUCGCGAGGGCACGCGCGUGUGGUACGUGCCCGUCACUGGCGUGCCCACGUUCCCCGCGCCCUCGCACGGCGGCGGGGGCGAUUCCGUCGCAUUCGCCGACCCGGAGCUGGAAUUCGACAAGGAGGCGUACCCUCUCGGGAUUAGCCUCGGCGACGGCGCCCCGCUCAUCGUCGGAGCCACGCAGCGUUUGGCGUUCGCGAGCUGCUCCGACCAGCCGUGUUUCGAGCCCACGCCCAAGGUGCAGCCCAUACUGCCCUGCAUCCUGCGACACCUGUUGAGGCUGGGCGAGAUGGGCGCGGCCAUCGGCGCGGCGAGAGCCGCGGCGGGAAAGCCGAGGUUCACGCACUCGCUCGAGUGGCUCCUCUUCUCGUCGCUGGACCGCCACGCGGGUCCCAACUCCGUCGCGAAUAAGAAGGACCCGGACGCGGCGAAGGAGGCGGAGAGGGCGCUCGCGGACGCGGUCCGGCUGUGUAGAGAGUUUCCAGAGUACCCGGAUGUCGUGGUGUCCGUCGCGAGGAAGACGGAUUCGCGGGAGUGGCCGGCGCUGUUCAAACACGCGGGAGAUCCGGCGCUGCUCCAGGCGAACGCGCUCGCGGCCGGGCAGCUCAGGACCGCCGCCUGUUACCUGCUCGUCGUGGAUAAGCUCGUGAGCGCGGACGUCGGGGCGAAGGCGGCGGGUGAGGUGCUGAGGGCGGCGCUGGAGAGGCGGAGGUACGGCUUGGUCGGCGAGCUCGUCCGGUUUUUGGCUCGGCCCGCGGUGGAGGCGGCUGCGGCGAGGGCGGCGCGGCGCUCGGCGGAGAAGAAGAAACGGCGCGGCGACGACGCCGAUGAGGACGUCGGUAUCGUCUCCGGGCUGUUCAGGUGGCUCGGCGCGGCGCCGGAACCGGCGAAAUCCGAACCGGCGGACUCCGCGGGCUUGUCGCCGCGCCGAUCCCUCGACGAAGAAUUCGUCCAAACCCCCAAGGGUGUGGAGCACGUGAGCGGCGCGAGGGGCGGGGUGAUCGCCGUGCUCCAGCCCGACCUACGCCGCGCGCUACGCGACCACGCCGCCGCCCUCGCCGCCGCCGUCGACCUCGGCGCGCUCGCCGCGUUUGCCCGAGAGACGGAUUUUGACGGGGCGGCGCGGCUCGGCUGGGCGACUUCCCCAGGGCUCUCGCCGCGGCCGCGGAUUCCCUGCGACGACACGAGCAGCGUGCGGGGGGUUGGCCGGAGGUUGCGGCGAUGCGGGCGGGUGUGGACGCGAUGUUGGCGAAGAUGGUAG